GAAAGUUUUUUCACGGGAGUGGCGUAAUUUUCAUUUCAUUUUCAAAAUAGUUGAAAAUCUCCUGGAGAAAAUUUGUGUUUUGAACCGAAAAGGAGUUCAAUCUUUGGAUAAAUGAAUGCUUGAAUAUUCAGCUGAGGUCUGCAAUCGGAACAGAAAUCUGUCAAAGCUUGAUUAAGGAUUGACGUCAAAUAUUACUAAAUAAGUGUCAAAACUGAGGGAAAAUUGUGAUUAAUUUGGAGUAACUGCGCUUCGGAAAUUUUGCUUUGUUUCUAGCUAAUCAGUUUCGGAAUAUUUUAUAAUACACAAUGAGUAAACAUAUGUAUUCGACGGCAAACCUGACGGACGUUGAACUGAAAGAUCAGGGCAAUCGUAUGUUUUCGGCCAGAAAAUAUGACGAUGCAAUUAAUCUGUACACAAAAGCAAUUAUAAAAAAUCCGACCAAUGCAACAUAUUUCACCAACCGAGCCCUUUGCCAUAUCAAAAUGAAACGAUGGGAGUCUUCCUGUACGGACUGCCGGCGUGCAUUGGACAUGGAUCCCAACCUGGUGAAAGGCCAUUUCUUUCUCGGCCUUAGCCUGAUGGAAUUAGAAUCGUACGAUGAGGCGAUCAAACAUCUGAUGCGUGCACACGACUUGGCCAAGGAGCAGAAACUGAACUUUGGAGACGAUAUAGCUUCGCAGCUGCGGUUGGCACGAAAAAAGCGCUGGAAUAUACAGGAAGAGAAGCGAAUCUGUCAAGAGAUCGAACUGCAAAGCUAUCUCAACAGACUAAUACAUGAGGAUAUGGAAAACAGAAUAGCGAAGCUUAAACUAGACGAUACACUUAACGAGGAUGCAGCUCGCGAAAAAACCUCGGAACUCGAGCGUGAAUCCGAAAAUCACACCACCGAACUGAACAACAUUUUUGCUAAAAUCGACGAUAGACGAAGGAAGCGUGAGGUGCCCGACUACCUGUGCGGAAAAAUCAGUUUCGAACUAUUAGUCGACCCUGUUAUUACUCCGUCCGGUAUGACUUACGAGCGCAAGGAUAUCGAGGAGCAUUUACAACGCGUCGGUCACUUUGAUCCGGUUACUAGGGUGAAACUGACGCAGGAUCAACUUAUUUCCAACUACUCCAUGAAAGAGGUCGUAGAUGCUUUCCUUGCCGAAAACGAAUGGGCGUUGGAAUAUUGAAUUAUGUAUUGAAUUAGGUGACCUGAAAAAAAACUUUUAAUUAAAAUAAUGCACUAGGUUGUUCGCGAAAUCCCGUGAUGUAAUUGCAAAAUAUAAAGAUAGUGACAUAUUAGGCACAUGAACUAGAAACUUCAUGGUGCUGCCGAAACAUAGUUUAUCAAACUUUGACUUUUGAAUGUUAAAGAUAUUAAAAAAAGAAAAUAAUGUUCCUUUUCGGCUAAAAAUGUUCAAAGAUUUAGUUAAAUCGUUUAAAACUGUUACUACGUCUAGAUAAAAUUUCAAAAUUUUUAAAAGAUAUUUUGUUAUCUAAAAAAAGCAGCGAUAUCAAAGAAAUGUCUGAUAUGCAAGAUUUACUUCAUUUUCAAAAAGUGAAUCAUAAAAAAACAUCUUCUUUCUAUUGAAUUUUUCUCUGAUUUACACAAAUUUGAUGUUCCAGGGUGUUCUUUGCAACAGAUUUGUGAUAGCUUAUUAUAUCAUCCAACUGUAACCACAGUUUUAUUGUAUAGGCCAUUAAAGGCAUCGUGAGAAAUAAAAUUAUGGA